UUUUCUGUUACUGCUGCUGUUUUGCGACUCCCGGAAUGAAAGUGGUCGCGGCAGAACAGUGUGGUCCCCAAGCGGCUGCUCACACACUCGCUGCCAGCGCGUCCAUGCGGAGCUCACGCGGGGAGGACGCUGGCUCUGAGAGACAACCAGUUGCUCUCCAGCUGUCACUGUACGAGUGCGCACCGACCCUCUGCAGUCUGGACUUGUUGCCUCGGCGGGGGGAGGGGGGUGGUGGGGGGCGCAAGAAAAGUAGAGCUGUGUUGAGACGGGUGGCGACAAGAAGUUUUAUUCAUUUUUUUUCUUCAAAAUCCUGUUUAGGAGUGAGGUCUAAAACGAUGCCGUGAGGUGUAUCGGUUCAUUCGUUAUUGAUGUGCGGUUUGAUUAGAAGAAGGAAGAGGAACGGAGUUGGUUUUGGAGGGGUGUGGAGGAGCGGUUUGCGGUGAUAUUUGUUUCUAUUUCUGGGUUCUGAGGAGGAGGACCAUGGUCGAACUGGAAAAGGAGGUGCUCCCGCUGCCGCCUCGGUACCGGUUCCGAGACCUGUUGCUCGGGGACUGGCAGACCGACGACCGGGUGCAAGUGGAGUUCUAUGUGAAUGAGAACACUUUCAAGGAGCGCCUCAAGCUGUUCUUCAUCAAAAACCAAAGAUCCAGUCUGCGAGUGCGAAUGUUUAACUUCUCUCUGAAAGUGCUGAGCUGCCUCCUCUACAUUGUCAGAGUCCUGUUGGACAACCCGCAAGACACAAGACAGGACUGCGUGAGCGGGCUAAACUGCAGCAAACAGAACACGUCGUCCCAUCCCUGGAGUGAAUUUGACUGGAAACUGAUCAUCUGGGUGGAAAGGCCUCUGCCUCUGUGGGCACUGCAGGUGCUCGUGGCUUUCAUCAGCUUUUCAGAAACCAUGUUGCUCGUGUAUCUCAGCUACAAGGGCAACGUUUGGGAGCAGGUCUUACGGGUCCCCUUCAUUCUGGAGAUGAUCAGCGCCAUUCCCUUCAUGAUCACUGUCAUUUUGCCCUCCUUCAGAAAUCUCUUCAUCCCUGUAUUUCUCAACUGCUGGCUGGCUAAACACGCUUUGGAGAACAUGAUAAAUGAUCUCCACAGGGCAAUCCAGCGGACGCACUCAGCCAUGUUUAACCAGGUGGUGAUACUCAUCAGCACGCUGGUCUGCCUCAUGUUUACGUGCAUCUGCGGUAUCCAACACCUGGAACGGGCGGGAAACAACCUGACCCUGUUUGACUCGCUCUACUUCUGUGUGGUCACUUUCUCCACGGUGGGCUUUGGAGACGUUACCCCCCAAAUCUGGCCCUCGCAACUACUCGUGGUCAUCAUGAUCUUCGUGGCGCUCAUCGUGCUUCCCAUCCAGUUCGAGCAGCUGGCCUUUCUGUGGAUGGAGCGGCAGAAGUCCGGAGGGAACUACAGCCGCUACAGGGCGCAGACGGAGAAACACGUGGUGCUGUGUGUCAGCUGUCUCAAGAUCGACCUCCUCAUGGACUUCCUCAAUGAGUUCUUUGCCCACCCCCGACUGCAGGACUACUAUGUGGUGAUCCUUUGCCCGGCAGAGAUGGAUGUCCAGGUUAGGAGGGUCCUGCACGUCCCUCUUUGGGCCCAGAGAGUCAUCUACCUGCAGGGUUCAGCCCUCAAAGACCAGGACCUGAUGAGGGCCAAGAUGGACGAUGCUGAGGCCUGCUUUAUCCUCAGCAACCGCUUUGAAGUGGACCGCAUUGCUGCUGAUCAUCAGACCAUCCUCCGAGCCUGGGCGGUGAAAGACUUUGCUCCAAAUUGCCCCCUGUACGUCCAGAUCCUCAAGCCGGAGAACAAAUUCCACGUCAAAUUUGCCGAUCAUGUGGUGUGCGAAGAAGAGUUUAAAUACGCCAUGUUGGCUUUAAACUGUGUGUGCCCCGGUACAUCAACCCUCAUCACUCUAUUGAUCCACUCCUCCAGAGGCCAAACGGCGCCCCAAGAGGCCUUCAAGCAACGUGUAGGAGCCUUUCAAGCGCUCAACAGGGAGGGCGGUGGAUGUUCGGCGGACCAAUGGCACAGAACCUACCGGCGCUGCUCAGCCAAUGAGGUGCAUCACAUCCGCCUGGAGGAAAGUAAAUUCUUUGGGGAGUACCAGGGCAAGAGCUUCACCUUUGCCUCCUUUCAUGCUCACAAAAAAUACGGAGUAUGUAUGAUUGGAGUGCGCAGAUUGGAGACCACCAACAUCCUGCUGAACCCUGGUCCCUGCCACAUCAUGGGGGCCUCUGACACGUGCUUUUACAUCAACAUCUCCAAGGAGGAGAACUCGGCAUUUGUCAGGGGCCACAAGGAGCCGUCGUGGGGCGGGACGGGAGGAAAUACCAGAGGAGUGCCCCAGACAAUCUACCACGGACUCACCCGCCUGCCGGUCCACAGUAUCAUCGCCAGCAUGGGCACAGUGGCCAUCGACCUGCAGGACUCCAGCGACAGCAGCCCAGAGGGCCAGGACCCGGGCAGCACCGCCCUAAGCGGCGGAAGAGGAAGCAGGAGGAGCUCCAGGGCGGAGAUGGGUGGCGCUAACACCCUGGCCCUGCCCGCCAUGGGGGAGUCCGCCGAGGAGAGGCGGCACAGCAUCGCUCCUGUGCUGGAGCUGGUGGACGGAGUGACCAACCCCACCUUUGACCUGCUCGGCGACCAGUCAGAGGACGAGGGGGGAGACGAGGGCAAGGAGGACAGUGACAGAGACGAAAGCGCCCACUGGUGGGGUCAACACUGCGAGUGGGUGAAGGGAUACCCGCUGAACUCUCCGUACAUCGGCAGCUCGCCUGCGCUGUGCCACCUUCUCCGAGAGAAGAUGCCUUUCUGCUGCCUACGUAUGGACAAAGCUUGUCACCACACCCUUUUUGAGGAUGCCCGAUCCUACGGCUUCAAAAACAAGUUGAUCAUUGUGUCGGCGGAGAGCGCAGGAAACGGCCUGUACAACUUCAUUGUCCCUCUGCGGGCCUACUACCGACCCAGGAAGGAGCUCAACCCCAUCGUGUUGCUGCUGGAGGGCAUACCCGAAGCAGAGUUCCUGGAGGCCAUCUGUUGGUUCCCCAUGGUGUUCUACACGGUGGGCUCCAUCGACAAUCUGGACAGUUUGCUGCGAUGUGGAGUCACUUUCGCCGACACCAUGGUGGUGGUGGACAAAGAGAGCUCCAUGAUCGCAGAGGAGGACUACAUGGCCGACGCAAAGACCAUCGUCAAUGUCCAGACCCUCUUCAGGCUUUUCCCGGCUCUUAGCAUCAUCACAGAGCUCACCCACCCAGCCAACAUGCGCUUCAUGCAGUUCAAAGUCAAAGACCAUUACUCUCUGGCUCUGUCCAAACUGGAAAAGAAGGAAAGGGAGAAGGGAUCCAACCUGGUGUUUAUGUUCCGCCUGCCCUUCUCUGCAGGGAAGGUGUUCAGUGUCAGCAUGCUGGACACUCUCCUUUACCAGUCGUUUGUGAAGGACUACAUGAUCUCCAUCACCAGGCUGCUGCUGGGUUUAGACUCCAUGCCUGGCUCAGGCUUCCUUUGUGCUAUGAAAAUCACAGAGGACGACUUGUGGAUCCGUACUUACGGCAGGCUCUACCAGAAACUGUGCUCGUCCACUGGAGACAUCCCCAUCGGCAUCUAUCGGACAGAGGCACAGAGACUUCCUGUCUCUGAGUCCCAGGUGUCCAUCACAGUGGAGGACUACGAGGACACCAGAGAACCCAGGGAGCCCCUGUUGUCCCGGACAAGCGCUCACCGUAACAGCACCUCCUCGGAGCCCAUCUCCACCUCCUCCCACUCCUCGGACCACCCGCUGCUUCGGAGGAAGAGCAUGCAGUGGGCACGGCGACUGAGCAGAAAGGGGGGGCGGGGCUCCAGCGGGGCCAAGGGGGGUCCGGGCAGUGCGGCGGAGAGGAUCAACCAGCAGAGACUGACCCUGUUCAGACGCUCCGAGAGGCAGGAGCUCAACGCGCUGGUGAAAACCAGGAUGAAACACUUGGGCCUUUCUCCAACCGGAUUCAAUGGGAUGACAGACCAAGGGAACAGACUGUCUUACAUCCUCAUCAACCCGUCUCCAGACACCAGACUAGAGCUGCACGAUGUCGUGUACCUCAUCCGGCCGGACCCCCUCUCUCUGGUACCCAAUCAGAGCAGCAGCAGGAAGUGCAGCGCUGGGAUCCCAGAGAGCCACAGGUUCAAUACGCAGGACAGCACACAUCUGUGAAAGAAAAAGACAAACGACAAAUAAACUGUCACAGCACUGCUGGCGAGGCGGGACGCAACGGACUCACAAAUCCAGAAACGGUCAGACAGAAGGGAACGCAGCCAGACGGCAUUUGACCCCCCACGUUUUCUCCUCAUUGGGUCAGGGGGAACUGAUAGGUGGCUGCCUUGCAUGGACCUCGUCUAUAACGUCGGGAGGGUUUUGUUUAUGCACCUUUCUAUUUUCAAAGCGGAGGAGCUGAGGACACAGAAGUGCUUUUAAUGAGUAACUGUAUGUAUUUAGAUUUGUGUAUGUGCAUGUUAUGUACUGCAUCAUGUAUGUGCAGAGUGUGCAUGUGUGUGCACUGUAGGUACUCUGCAAGUGUGUGUGUGUGUGUGUGUGUGUGUGUGGAUCAUGAGCAAGAAACUGCCAAUUUGAUCAGCACAGCAAAAGCCCUCAGCUGCCAAAUGAAAGUCAACGCGUGUAUUUUUGUGUCCUUCUCUGUGUCGUAGGCGUGUUCUGUCAGACUUAAUGUUGUUUGACGUAUUUUAACGUGACACUACAGUGCGCACAACUCAUUUGGUCUUCAUGAAGCCUUUCUUAAACGUUUUACCGGUUGCUUACAGUCAAACAAACACCUUAUCUGUCCUUCACCAGCAGCGGAGGAAUCCAAAGAUUUACAAUGGCGUCAGUAGACAGGAAGUGUGCAUUGUUGCUGCAAGGCGUUUGUGAGUUUACUGUUCAGCCCUCCCUGCUUCUGUCAGUCAGUGCCUGCUCGCUUGUUCUGGCAUGCAUGUAAGAGAGGAAGGAGACGGAAGAAAAACCAAGAAAUAACAUAACACCAUCCACUACAAUAGCCCUGCAAUAAAUACUACUGUUGUGAAGCUUAGAAUCGAAUGGAUUUAGAGAGGCUAGUGACUAUUCAUAAACUUGACUAUACAAUAUUUAAUGUAGUAAGAAUUUGAUUGUAGAAUUUGAUUAAAAUCUCUAUAGAAAAUAAAAACAAAGUUUUGUUUUCAGCCUGAAAGAAAAUCAUACUUUUUUGUAAUCAAGUGAAAAUAUGUCUGCUGAGUGAGAUCACUCUUUAUUUAUCAGUCUACCUUAUUCAUUUUCAGUUGUUUCAUGAAACUUGAGGAUUUACUCUGUUAUAUUAAAGUGUUACCUGUUA